CGCACCUCAUUUCCCUCCUCCUUUGUUCAUCUUUUACCAAAACACAAACGCCACCGAAAAUUCUCCUCUCUCUACAUACACACUACAUCUCUCUACAUAUCUCUCUACCAAACACACACACAACCAAACACCUAACUGUGAGAAAUGAAGUCUUCUUUGGAGAAGCUGCGAAAGCUAGCACUUCACAAAAGCGAUGCGAAAGAGAGACGAGAUCAUCAAUCUGUGGCUCAAUUAGAUGAGCUAGCUCAGGCUACUCAGGAUAUGCAAGAGAUGAGGAGUUGCUAUGACAACUUGCUAUCUGCAGCUGCUGCCACAGCUAAUAGCGCAUAUGAAUUUUCAGAGUCAUUGCUGGAAAUGGGAAACUGUUUAUUGGAGAGAACUGCAUCAAGUGUUUAUGGAGAAAGUGGAGGAGUGCUACAGAUGCUUGGAAAAGCCCAGAUAGAACUCCAGAAAAUUAUUGACACUUAUCGCUCUCAUAUAGUCCUCACAAUCACAAACCCGUCAGAGUCUCUACUUAGCGAACUUCGGAAAGUCGAGGAGAUGAAAUUACAGUGUGAUGAGAAAAGAGAGGUAUAUGAACACAUGCUUGCACAAUAUAGAGAGAAAGGGAAAUUUAGAACUGGAAAAGGUGAAAGCAUUACUUCUCAGCAAGUAAAGGAAGCUCGAAUUGAAUAUGAUGAAGUAGCGAGACGCUGUAUUUUUCGGGUGAAAUCUCUAAAGCAAGGUCAAUGCCGCAGUCUUCUAACACAGGCAGCUCGUCAUCAUACAGCACAGUUAAAUUACUUUCGGAAGGGACUUAAAUCUCUCGAGGAAGUUGAUUCACAAACGAGAGUAGUCUGUGAAAAGCAACGAAUUGACUACCAAGUUGAUGGACUGAAUGAAGGGGAAGAUGAUGAGGGUGAGAGUAGAAGCAGUUACGAGAAUAACGAGCAUGGAGAAUUAAGUUUCGACUACAGAAAUAAUCAGGGAGGUGUUAAUGAUCCUACAUCAAGGAUCUCGGUUGAGUUGGACGAGGCUGACUCAUCAUAUCCUCAUUUUUCUAAUCCGGAAGAAAGUGAGAGAACUCAUAGAAAAACCCCCGAGGCCCAUGCUUUUGGACAACACUCUCGACCAAGCAGCUAUUCUGCUCCAAUAUAUCCAGAGAAGUCAGCUGAUAAAGGAAGAGAAGUGCAAACAUCUGAUAAGAAGUUUCACACAUAUGUGUUGCCUACUCCAGCUCCGGCAAAGACUUCAUCUUCAAGCACCACUAGCUCUGGUCCGCCGUCAAGUUCUGCAAGCCUAAGCACAAAUACCACAAACAUGCGCCAUUCAUCUCCACUUCGCCCUGAGAAGCAUGAAAACAAUAGCAACUCCUCCAUCCCUCUGCCCCCUCCCGCUACUAGACGUUCACAGUUUGAAAAACAUAACUCAUUUGAUCUUAACCGAAACAAAAGACAAGCCUAUUCUGGUCCAAUACCAAGUAAACCUAUUUUAUCUACUAGUGGUCCCUUGACUAGUAAAGAAGUUCCCAGUGCUUUGCUUACUCGAGUUCCAGUUUCUCAUCUGUCUACGUCUCCAAACGCGUCUCGAAGUGCAUCACCACCCCCUGUAUCUUCACCCAGAAUAAGUGAGCUUCAUGAGCUCCCGAGGCCCCCUGGCAGUAUUGCAUCCAAGACAUCAACUUCUUCUGGGACUGGGCAUUCUGCCCCUUUAAUAAUGAGAAAUGAGAAUUCUUUUACAAAUAGAAACCCUAAGCUAGCAUCAAACGUUGCAACGCCGCUUCCAGCUCCUCCAUUAACUGUUCCUCGUAGUUACUCCAUACCCUCUAGCAUUCUAAAAGCGAAGGCAUCACAUAUGACCAAGCUAUUAGAGCCUUCUCGUAUUCCAGAUCAGGUUGAAGACUUCACUUCUCCUCCGCUGACACCAAUAUCACUUUCAGACAUAAAGCCAAUAUCAACAGUUUCUGAAGCAGUCUCCAAUUAUGGGCAGGCCAGAGGUGGCAGCUGAUUCACAUGCCUCCUUCCGCGCAUGUUCUAUUGUGUUCUCCAGCCUUCAGCUUCUGUGCUGGAUAUAGAUCUGUAUAUAUAUCAUGUGAUGUUUAUGUAUGGUCAUAUUUCCAUCUGAAUUGGCUUCCUUGUUUUUAUUUGCAACUUGCUGUUCGCACUCCAAAUUUUGUUGUAGAAUCAAUGACUAUGAUAAAACGUAUGUUUGUAGAGA